AUGCCUGCCUCCCACCUCCCUCCCUCCCUCCUGGCGGCCGUCCAGCCGCCCAGUUGGCGGGGUCGGGAGCUUUCGGAUGACUUCUUAAGCCCGGAGGCGGAGGCGGAGGCGGAGGCGCGGCUGGCCGAGGCGGAGCGGGCGCGGGGCGAGGCGGAGGCCGACCGGGCUGCGGCGGCGGCGGAGCGCGCCGCGGCGGCUGAGACCUUGCGGGAGGCGGAGGCAGCGAGGGCAGAGGCGGCGGCGGCGAGGGCAGAGGCGGAGGCGGCGAGGGCAGAGGCGGCGGCGAGGGGGGCGGCAGGCUCGGCGUCGGCGGCGGCAGAGGCGGUGGCGGAGGCGGCUGUCGAGGAGCUCGCCCGUGUCAAGGUGCAGCUGGGGCACGUCGACGAUGCGCGAGCGGCGGCGGAGGCCGCCGCGGCGCGCGCGCAGGAGGAGCGGGAGGUUGCCAUCCAGUCGCUUGUCGCCGCAGAGGCGCAGGCGGCCGAGGCGGGCGCGGCGGCGGCGGCGGCGGAGGCGGCGGCCGCAGCGGCCGAGGCGGCGCGGGGGAAGGGGGGAGGGUUGGAGGGGGUCGGCGGCUUGCUCAAGAAGCUGGGCGGCAAGGCGGACGAGCGGGACGGGCAGCGCGAGGAGGAGCGCGAGGCGGAGGUCGCCGCCCUCAAGGCGCAGCGGCUGCAGGCGGUGGUGGAGGCGCAGCGUCUGAAGGACGAGCUCGAGAGCGCGCGGGCCUUGCAGACUCCCGACGCCGCCGAGAUGCAGCAGCUGGCGCGGCUGCCCUCCUUCGGCCCGGGAAAUGAGCACCGUGUGUCGCAGCUGGCGGAGGCGCGGCACGAGCGGGAGGCGACCAAGGAGAGGCUCGCACGCGCCGAGGCGGAGAUGGACGAGUUGCGCGUGCGCGAGGCCGGCCUCAAGGCGGACCUGCUCGCGCUGCAAGACGACCGGAGCACUUCGAUGGCGCCGUCGGCACAGCCGCCGCCGGGCGGCUCGGCCGAGCAGGCAAAGCGUGGGCUGGGCGGAUUUGGCUCCAAGUUUGCCCAACUCAAGUCGCAGGCGGAGGCGAAGCUGAAGGAGGCGCAGCAGAAGAAGUGA